GCAGCUCACGGAAGGGAUGGCGCAGCCGGAGCCCUUGUCGCUGGCCGGGCGGCGAGUGGCGUUCACGACGCCGCAGACCGACGCCGGUGGCGGCGGCUAUGGCGGCCGGCUCCACGCCAUCCUGCGGCAGCGCGGCGCGCAGCCGCUCCCGGUCCCCACCAUCGCCAUCCGCGCCCACAACCCCGACCUGCUCCGCCCCUUCGUCACGCCCGGCGCACUCGACCCCUUCGCCGCGCUCGCGUUCACCUCCCGCUCCGGCAUCUCCGCCUUCUCCCGCGCCCUCCCGUCCUCCCCCGCGCGGCACACACCUAUCUCGGACGCCGUGGCCUCCGCGCUCCCCUUCAUCGUGGCGGCGCUCGGCAGCGACGCCGACCUUCUGGACGGCGCGUUCCUCUCCAGGCUCUGCCGCGACGCCGCCGCCGGGAGGGUGUCGGUCCUCGUUCCCGACGUCCCCACCCCGGCCGGCCUCGUCGAGGCGCUGGGGAGCGGGUCCGGCCGGCGCGUGCUCUGCCCCGUCCCCGACGUCGUCGGCCUACGCGAGCCGUCGGUCGUGCCGGGCUUCCUCGCCGCUCUGGAGGCAUCCGGCUGGGUCGCCGUGCGCGCGCCGGCGUACAUCACGUCCUGGGCGGGGCCACGCUGCGCGGAGGCACUGGUGGCCGCGGACGCCGCGGCGCCCGACGCCAUCGUGUUCACGAGCACGGCCGAGGUGGAGGGGUUGCUCAAGGGGCUGGACGCCGCGGGGUGGAGCUGGCGGCGGCUGCGCGCGCGCUGGCCAGGCAUGAUCGUCGCCGCGCAUGGCCCGGUCACCGCCAACGGCGUCAGGAGGCUCGGCAUCGAGGUCGACGUCGUGAGCGCCAGGUUCAGCAGCUUCCAUGGGGUUCUCGACGCUCUCGCCGCGAAAUUCUCCUCCGAAAACAACCGAAAACUCGAAUCGGAUUGAGCCUCCGAUCUCUCAGCUCCGUGUGAUUGCAAUCGAUCAGUGAAGGGUGAUCCGCCAGCCGCCGCCGCCGCC